CCUUAACGCGCCCACGUUGGAGCAGGCUAACAAAACAAUAACAAGCGAGCCAGGAAACCACCCGGCUCGGUUGUUACUCAGGAGAACGGCGACUACUCUAAGUGAUAGACAGAGCGAUCUUCUCAUAGUGGUGUAAGGAACCCGAAGAACACAGCCCAGCAUGCCCGCCAGGUCUCCUGGAGGUCUGUGGGGUCGCUAGUGGAGAAGAUCUGGAACCUCCUGAGGAUAUAGACGUCUACAUCAUAGACGACAACUGUAUCCUACAGUGGAACAGCAGAGAAGCAGUGGGCAAUGUGACGUUCUCAGCAGAAUAUCGAACAGAAGAGAUGGAGAACUGGUUAAAAUUGCCUGGGUGUCAACAUAUUACAGGGACCGAAUGCAAAUUCUCUUUGCUGGACACAAAUGUUUAUAUUAAAAUAUCAUUUCGAGUAAGAGCAGAAAAAGGAAAGAGCACUUCCCCAUGGAAUGAAGGGGACCCGUUUAUUCCGUUUCUGAAAGCUCACAUUGGCCCCCCAGGAGUACGUUUAGAAGCUGAAGAUAAAGCUGUGCUAGUAUACAUCACUCGUCCCGGACAAGGUGCGAACAUGUGGGCAAGAGAUAAUUUUAGCUUCAGGUACAAGAUAGUGAUCUGGCAGAAGUCUUCAGGUGUGACACAAAUUAUUGAAACCACAAAUUACACAGAAAGGAUUUUAAAACUGUUACCAGAGACUACUUACUGUUUAAAAGUGGAAGCAAUGCAUAUGUUCCUUAGGAAACACAGCAACUCCAGUGCAGUGCAGUGUAUAAACACCACAGUGGCAGAUAAAAUGCCUGUGCCAGAAAACCUAGAACUGGACGCUGAUGGUGAGAGCUAUGUUCUGAGCUGGGACUAUGCGUCUCCAAACGUGAGCUUCCGAGCGCAGUGGCUCCCUAGCUAUUUGAAAAGUAUUUCUGGAGACCACUCGGAUAAAUGGGAAGCCAUUCCGACCUGUGCAGAAGUCCGAACCACGCGCUGUGUCUUUCCUCGGGAUGCCGUCCACACAGGAACUUUCUUUCUCCGGGUACAAGCGUCAGAUGGAGAUAACACAUCUUUUUGGUCUGAAGAGAAAUUUAUUAAUUCUCAAAAAUACACCUCCAUUCCCCCUCCGGUCCUUGCCGUCACCCCGUCCCGGGAUUCGCUGCUUGUCUACGUCAGCUGUCAGGACAGCCCCAGCACCGAGUGUCAUGGCCUGACUUAUGAAGUCAGUUUCUGGAAAAACACUUCAAAUACUAAGACGAAAAUGGUGAAGGGAAGCCCAGAGUUUACCAUUGGGGACCUGCAGCCACGGACUCUGUAUUGUGUACAGGCCAGAGUACACUCGUUUGCCGUGUGGAACAAGAGCAGCAGCUUCAGUGAGACGCUGUGUAAGGAAACGAGGCCAGGAAAUUCUUCCCAACCCUGGAUUAUGAUUGCACUUAGCACUGUGAUUUUUUCUGCCCUGGUCCUGGUUUUAUAUGCUGGGAGGAGCCUCCUGAAAUACCUCAGUUAUGUGUACUUUGCAUCCCCCAAGCCUCCUCCCAGUAUUGACGAGUUUUUCUCUGAGCCUUCUUCAAAGAACCUUCUGUUUCUGACGCCCGAGGAACACACCGAGAGAUGCUUCAUCAUUGAAAACACAGACACGGUGGCCGUCGCAGGGGAAAGUCAAGCCCCCGGGGAAGAUCACAGGAAGUACAGCUCCCAGACCAGCCAGGACUCGGGGAACUAUUCCAACGAAGAGGGAAGUUCUGGGGGUGACAGCGGACCAGGCCUCAGGCCCUCGGACUGAGCCGCCCGCCGCGGGCUCUUCUGGAGGUCCGUGUGGGCGGCCCUCCUGGGAGCCGAGACAGACAGGGCGUCUGCUCCUCGGGAAAGGAGAGGCGUCUCCAGAGCCCAGGCCGGCAGACGCGGCAUCUCUCCACUGCAGACGCAGAUGGCCACGGUCUGGAGUGAAGUGCAUUCGUCUCUGAGGAGGCAGGCUUGACUGAAGGUGGCUGCCCUAUCUGCCUGCCCACGGCUGGAAUCCCAGGGUGCUGUCGUGUGCCGCAGGUGUGGCCCAUGCUACACAUGCCAUCUGGUCUUCUCUGUCUGUGUUCAUGUUCUAGGGCAUGUCUAGAACAUGUCUCGAACUGCCGUAGCUCCUGAGGUGUUUCCGAGGUACUGCUGUCUACACUAGCACUUCCUAACCCCUAACUGACCACAGCAGCGGCUUCCGACUAGAACUCAGAGGUCACUGCAGCCAUGGAGAUCUCAGCGUGGCCUGGGGAGGCACGGUCCACUCUAGUGCGUGUGGAUCUAGGAGAUGCCCGUGACAGGACAGACAUGACAGGACAGACGUGGGCCGACAGUAAGCAGCAGCUAGUGAACCGGUGAGGAGGAAGACCACGUGCAGUCAGCCUUCUUGUUAACGCCGUGUGGGUUUCAGCAGCCUUUCUGUGUGACUUUAUAUGGAGGCCGAUCUCGCCUCUGUCCGGCAGUAUUCGGGUACCCUGCUCAGCAUCCACAGUGAUGCUCAUGAGUGUCUUCUGUAGGCAGGACGUCUAGCAAUCCCGGCAGCCCCCGGGCGGACUGUCAGUGCAGGCGCGACAGGACCCCAGCCUUGCUCUCUGAGAGGAGCUGAGCCGUGGGGUGGCCCACACCUGUAGUCCCAGCACUUGGGAACGGAGGCAGGCGGAGCGCUCAGUCCCAGGCCAAAGGAACAGAUGAGGAUGACGGGUGUGACUUCCACCCAUUGCCCUCCGCACCAUGACACUUUAACAUUUCAACCCAGCGCUGCUCAUCCUGUGUUCUCCCCCGGAAGAGCUCCUUCUGACAAGAUGGCCUGCAGAGAAACGAGGCCGUUAGGAUGUGGGACGCGAAGGCGCAGACAUUGCGUGACACCAGUGAGGGUGGUCCCCCUUACAAGUGCAGACACAGGUCUUCAGGGUGACAACAGCAGGUGAGGAGGGGACUGCACUGUCCCCUGAAGAAGCAAAGGCAGCUCCACCCGUGUGCUCCGUGAUGGUCUGCAUGGUGCUUCCUCCAGGGUGCUGUAAGAUGACGCGCUCUCCUGAGCAGUCAUGGCGCUCAGGAUGCCAUGCGCGUGGAGAGGUGGUCAAGGGCACAUCCUGCCCUUGUGGAGGACCAAGUGCAGGCCCCAGCCCCCACAUGGUGCCCCGCAGCUGGCCGGAACUCUGGCUCCAGAGGGUGCAGCAUGGGCUUCUGGUUGCCUCGGGCACUAGGCAUAUGCAAGGUGCACAUACAUACAUGUAAGCAAGACCCCCCUACAUAUAAAAGUCAAACCUUUUCUAGAAAAAUAAUUUAGAAUCUAAAAAAAGAAAUACUAGCUGGGCAGUGGUGCACGCCUUUAAUCCCAGUACUU